AUGAAGGAUUCACUUGAGAGGCGCUGCGAGGCGUUUGCCCGAAAGGCACAUGAUUCGAUCAAUCAUCAACGAAAAUACACUGGGGAACCCUACACAGUGCACCUUCAGGCAGUCGCAGAUCUUGUGCGUAGGGUAUCUGGUUCGCCUGAGAUGAUUGGUGCAGCAUGGUUGCACGAUGUCGUUGAGGACACGCCGGUUACAUUGCCAGAAAUCCAGCGUGAGUUCGGCGAAGCAGUUGCCACUCUCGUAUGUGAGUUAACCGAUGUUUCCCGUCCCGAAGAUGGUAACCGUAAAGUAAGGAAAGCGAUUGACAGGGAACACUUGGCCGGUGCCUCGCCUGACGCAAAAACGAUCAAACUUGCAGAUCUAAUUGACAACUCUCACUCGAUCCAAGAACACUCUCCUGGAUUUGCGAAGGUUUAUAUGCAGGAGAAGCGACUAUUGCUAGAGGUAUUGCAGGCAGGCCAUCCUCAUUUACAUGCAAUGGCGAGUGAAAUCGUCGCUCGCUAUUUUGAGGAGCCAAAACAAUCACUGAGGUAG